CGUUCGGCGACUCUCCUCGAAGAAAAUUAUGUAUGUAUUUUUCGAAAAUGUUGCCAUAUUUAGGGUUUAUUCCUAAAUGCAGUCAGUAUAUUAUAAUUAUUUUCAUUAAUGUUUUCUUGUAUUCUUAUCGGAAACAAAAUAAGUUUGCGCUGUUAGUGAAACUCGGCUUACCUACCUCGACAUCCUAAAUACCGCCCAAAAUUGCCCGGAAUUCAUCGUACCGAAAUGGAGGGGGAGUGGAGAGACAUCCACAAAUUUCAAUACUUUACACACAUAACGUCAUAUUUUGGUUCCCUGCCAAUAUUGUGUAAUAUGUUAAUGACUAAGAAAGACUAAUAAUUCAGAUUUUACACAACAUGUUCUUUAGCUAUUACAUUAAACUGGGUCGUAAUGACACUAACUGGUCAAUGCGUAAAUCACGGCAAUGGUCUCAUCCCGGUGUUGCAAUGGUUAUAGAUACAUGGUGAACAUGAAACGAACUUAAACUGUUUUCAAAAACUUGUAAAGUCCAGACGACAUUCGCGUGCCCCAGCCAAGCAACAUGUCGUUUGGCCCGGGACAUUGGCGGGAAAUAAUUAACUUGUCAGAAUGGCGCGAAAUCUAAAUGUUUUGACAUACGUAUUUUGACGGAUGACAUCUUCUGUUGUAAUGUGCAUUGGAAAAUAAUUAUUAAAUCAUUUGUGGAGUAAUUAAUAUGUCCCGGGUAUUCAGCCGCUCAUUGUGGUUAAAGAUAACGGCAUUUAUCCAGAAACGCACAUUUUUUGUUUUCAUCACAUCGGAUAAACACAUUAAGUUUGGUAAGAAUUUGCUACAUUUUUGUAAUAUGACUGAAAAUACUCUUUGUUUAAUGUUAUUUUUAAUACUGUAAUACACGUACAUUUUACAACAUUUUUUGUAUUUUGUAUCAGUUAAUGUGAAUGAGUUUUAUUUCCUCUGUAACCGAGUUAAAAUUUCAGAGAAAAUUGUCAUUGUCCAUAAUUUGAUUUUAGUAUCCGUUUCAAUGCAUUGACGUGCAUGUUAAACAAUAUCUGAAUCACACAUUGUUACUUGUAUGCUGUUAAUAAUGUGCUUUGAACAUUCAAAUAUGGGAUUGUUUACGAGUUUGUUUAUAAAACCGCAGAAAAAAAUAACACCAAAAGGCGUGUAAUUACUUACAAAUACGUAUGACCAAUUUUAAUAUAAAUGACAAACCUUUAAAGGGCCAUUACCUGAUGUUUUGAUGUAAUCAAAUGGCAUAUGUUUCUAAAAAUUGCGUUUAACAUGUCUAAGUCAUCAGUAAAGACGUUAUAUUUGUGUUGUAAAUAUAAAUAUUAAAAUGAAAAGUAGAAAAUAGAAAUAGAAAUCAAUAUUUCGCCAACAGCUGGGAUCGAACACGGGCCCUCUAGGUCAGCAACCCUAGAACCGUACCCAUUGCACAAUGAUAAAGACGGAGUUACAAUUGUAUUUAAAAUAUAAUCAAAAAUACAUUUAGGGCGGAAUUAGUCAACAUUGAAAAGAAGUUUGUUAACAUUUUAAUGUUUCUUGCAAUUGGUUAGGAAUUAAAUGAACCAUCGUCGGAUACCCCGAUACACUACUGCGGUACAAUUCGUUGUGUAACGAGGGCGAUUUUGCUACGAACAUCUCGUAAUCAUGAAUAUGCAGUUUCAUUGGUUCCGCAAGAAACAAAUGCGGAUCUAUGCACAGACAUUCAUUCCCGCAGGAAAGGUAUUCUGGCGAAAACUCGAAUUGAACUCGGUCCGCCAUAUCAUUACAAAUUGAAUAUCAGCUGCCUAGACCACUCGCCUGUGGAGACAACUGACAAUACAGGGUUAUAGAGUAGUAUUUAAUUGUUACAUGCGCAGUACAUUGGAAGAAAAAUUGUCUCAGCUGCAUCAUGCAUAUUCAUUUAAACGAGAUUUUGUCAGUCAUUUUUUCCACGGUACAUGCAAGUGUUACGGCGGAAAAGGUACAAUGGUCGCCGACGACGUAAUUGAACAUAAUUUUGUGUGCAUUAAGCUUCCAUUGUCAUAGGUAGUUUGUUGCUACCAGCAGGUAUAGAAUAGUAAUACUUCAACCAGAAAGAAAUAUUUCUUUAUUUGUAAACACUCACCUGAACAGAGUGUGCUGCUUUAAUUUGAGUAAAGAUGCGAAUGAAGAAUGAAGGAAGUCACAAUCUAUCAGUCCAUGAUGAUGCAGACAUAAGUUAGAUAAUGUCAAAUCAUUAAGGCUUGUUGUGUUUUGAUUAUUUUUAUUGCGCCAACAAAGACUUUUGGCCUUAACCUGGGUGUUACGACCUUGUUACCGGGCAAGAAACAUCUUUUCAAAGGUACAAAAUCACUUACUGUUAACACCCCCAAACAAGGAAAUACUGCUUGGUCCGUCCCGGCUAUUAUUCCGAGCGUGCCGGAGAAGGCCGAGUUAUAACGAUUUGAUCCGGAAAUUCUGCUUGAUCCGUUCAAGCUAUUAUCCCGAGCUUACCGGAGAAGGCCGAGUUGUUACGAUUUGAUCCGUCCAAACAGUUAUAAAAAUGGCUCCUUCAGUCCUACAUUCAUUUCAAUUACAACCUUAACUGUUUGGACAUUUUUAAAAUAGCUCUUUUUCCGUAUCAAAAAGCAAGAAGUCGUAUCUAGUACUGUUUGAUUUUAGAUAUCUUAAAGGAACGGAAUUUUUGAAAUAUAUACGUGCUACUUUGGAUAUCUCUUAACACGUUUGUAAGAGCCCAUGCACUAUAAAGCACCUAAAAUCAUUAUUUUCAGGGACUGAGAUGAAAUAGGUGAACCUGUCAGUGUGAGCUAAGGAAUAGAAUUGUCAUUUUUACCGUCGUGUUGUAGAUUUUAUUGGAAGUAGAAGAGAAUGGAAGGGAAACCAGGAUGCAGGAGAGUAUUUCUACUCAUCGUAACACUGGCCAGUCAAUUCAACCUCCACAAAUGCGACGACUUUUCCGACGACUUCAUUUACUUUAACACCGACCAAGCCGGACCCAUGAUACUUCCUCCGCCCGGUCAGGAACUCGUCAGGGCGCCCAAACUCAAGGCAACACCGGAAGUGAGGGUUCAGCCGAUGCCCGUUGUCGUGACGACCAACGUUUUGGGACAGGGUACCACCCCAGUGGCAGAUCUGUGUAGCCAGCGUACAUCCGAGGGUGGGUGGGGCUACUUCCCCUUCCCGGGCUCGUGUACCGAGUACAUCCAGUGUGACAGGGGCGGAAGUGGUCACGUGGAGACAUGUGCAAUUGGGACGUUCUUUAAUGGCCGGAAAUGCAUGCGCGCUGAAGAUGUCGUCUGCCCAUUUGACCCAUGUAAGAGCUUACGGACGGGUGCCACCUUCACAGACGGACAGACGUGUCACGGCUACUACCGGUGUUACGAGGGACGGUCUGUGCCGGCCAUGUGCACGGACGGGUCGGCGUUCAACUCCAUGAGCGGCGGGUGCCUAGAGGAUCCCACCUGUCGACAGACUACGAAAGAGAAGCAUCCGUGUUUCGCGGGCACCACCCUGGUAAUUCCCGGUCGCCCCCACAUGUUCUACCUGUGGGACGGACGGAAGGGCGUGACAGAGAUGCGCUGUCCACGAGGUCUCUGGUACAACCCCACUAUCUGCACGUGUGACUGGAUCAUACCCGGGCAGACCUUUGGAAAGGACGGAUGUGGUCCCCUAUUUCACUUCCCGUACGCUGGCAGUUUUCUGGAGGUGGCCAAUCGCGCUCCCCAGUCGCCUAAUACCGCCGUCUCAAUAUACCGGAAGUCAGCGCUCUUCGCAAAAGGAGGCGAGAUCGUCAUAUGGCUUAUGAACGACCUUGACCUUGACAGCGAGUGGGCGCUGUGCUUUGAAUUCUUCACGCGCGUUUCCGGUAGUGGUGAGGUAGCGCUCGUUUCCAACGACUGGCGGGGCCUGCCUUUCACGUUUAAGAUCACGCAUGAUCCGGAGAAUCACAAGGUUAAUGGCUAUUUCCGGAUGAAGGAUGGUCGCGUGGUGCACCUCGUCGUUGGCGGAGUGUCCGGAAAGAAGCCCCACUUCCUGCGAGUCGCGAAGCAAGGCGACCACAUGGUGAUGAGAGUUGACAACAUGAGGUCAGCUAACGUCAAAAUAGCGGCGGGUGUGGCCUCCUCCCCCACCCCUAUGGUUGUUGGGGCAGCAAACGGCUGUUCGGGAUUCCAGGGUUUCUUCGAUGAGCUUAAAUUCUUCCGCUGUGUUCCGGGUGAUUUCUUCAGUGACUAUAAGGGCCUCAUUUAAUUUCCACAGCAUUGAGGCCCGUCCACGUAACUGCACAAUGUAGGGAAACAACGCCAGACACGUGUCUCAUAAUUUAUUGUCAUGUUAUUUAUUUGUAAAUAGUUACAUGGGUCUGUAUUUUAUUGCCGUUUUAUAUUAUGUUUGUUCGUGUUACAGUAUUGAAAUACUGUUUUAAAACUUAUAAUUCCUUGGUAUAAUUUAAUGAGCUGCUGAUAUGUCACUGCGAAGAAAGAAUGACACAAUGUGUAGGGAAUGUUAGGUCGUUUCUCUGUGCAAAUGUAUAGCUCGUCUGUUUACCGAAGAAGAACUCGAGGUAUUGUAACAUUCGGAACUCCUCGGCCAUUUUCGACGAAAACAACCUCGGAUGUAUGCCGGUACAUCAGUAGAAGUAGUUCGUAAAAUUUUAAAUUAUAUGAUUUAUUAAAUGUAGUGUUUUAGCUUGUAUUUGUAGAGUAUUUAAGUAUAAAUUAUUUGCCAGAGAAGUGUAUAAUUGCAAAUAUUAUUAAGAUUCCCAAGAGUUUUGUCAUUAAGUUUAACUGCUUAAUUGAAAUUACUGUGCGAUCUACUUAUAGCGUAGUUAAAUUGUACCGAUUUUUGACAUUGUAAUCCGUCCAUAUACACCCGAGGUUGUUUUCGAUAAAAUGUCCGAGAUGACCCGAAUGGCCGUGGCCAUUACUAAAAAGCGAUCAAAUGAUUCAAAUUAACCUGAUACACUCGUUGCCAAGAACAUUAUGCAAGUGUAGAGCAAACCUUUAACUCUGGCAUAAAUGACUUUCGAGUUAUCCCCCUUGUUCGACUGAAAAGGCAGACGACCUUUCGGCGUUCGCUCCGCGUCGCUCUAGUUGUAAGUUUAAAAAUAGUUCCUCUGCAUCAUGUUAAUUCAGUUCGCUGUUGCUGUAUUUUUUCGAAUGAAAACUGCUUGAUUUCAUCAUAUAGACAUAUGAUAUCUUAUCAACAAACCGUGAACCAAUUUAUUAUGAUGUUUUUGUAUAGUCCAUAAAAUAGCUUUUAAAUUGACUUCCCUGGCCAGCCAUUACAUCUCAACAAGUGUAUAUGUUUAAUGAAGUGUCCAAUCUUCGGUAAUUGCUUCAUUCAGUUCAAUGUUUUAGGGUGUAUAUGGGAAAUCACACAUUGUUCUCUAUUAUUGAAUAUAUCAGUGUAUUGCAUGUUAUUACUUUUAUAUGUCAUAAAAUAUAUUGUUCACUUUUAAUGGCAGUAUUUGUUUACUGCAUGUUUUUACUUGAAUAAACCAUAUCUUUAA